GGCCGCUGGACCGAGCUGGGUUAUUGUUUGAAAUUGCGGUCGGGGGCGUAAUUUGGAUGGAAGCAUGGAACUUGAGGAUGCGCUUGGGGUCGCACUUGGGGUAGAGUUCACUUGCAUGGCAGAACCCGCAUCCCCCCACUCCUGCUGCUGCUGCCUCGACCCCAGCCCCGGGGCAUCACUCUUUGCAUCGUCAUCGCUGCCCUCCUUGCCCCUCUCCAGCCUAUCGAGCUCAGCAGCCCUCUCCUCCCGUGAAGCCACCAACGCCCUAUACCAUCCCGCCACCUUUUCCUUCCCAUCCUCCGCGCCUUCCCGGGCCUUCCCUUUCCCCUUCGAAUCACCCUCAUCGAACAACCAAUCGGCUCCGCCUAUGAUGUUCCCAGACUCGUCGUGCCUCACCCGCGCUCUGACAAAUUUUGGUGCCCGCCUCCGCGCGCCGAAGGUAGGCUCUCUGCGCCAGGCCUCCUCCAGAUCCUCCUCGCGCUCGCGGGGCCGCGCUACCGGGGCAGGAGACGGCGAGCGAGAGGACGAAGAGACGGCCUGCCCGGUCUCGCGCAAGAAGCGGUCGCGCUGCGAGGGCGAGUACGAGGAGCGGAUGUAGUGUGUUACUGUAGCCAUGUCGAUUAUGCUCCCGCCUCAGGAAUGAGAAUUAAUGGUAGCGUAUAGUUGUCUAUCCGUUGUGGUCUAGAGCAGGGUAGUGUUUGUCUAUGAGCAGGCACACAUGAGAUGAUAGUUGAGCUGAUGCAACCUGUGGC